CAAAUAACUACAUAGAACAACAUUAAAACUACUCAUAGAAUAAAAUGUUCACCAUUCCCCCCAUUGUUGUUAUCUCUCUGAUUUCAUUAUGCACUUUGUCACCAUCUUGCAGUCUUCAUUACCAAGUCAAGUGUUGCUUUAAAAUACUACAAUUUCAGCACAGACAUAUACGUUUUAGAAGCAACUGCUUUCCAAUGACUAUUACAAGUGAGAUGUUCACUUGCUUUAUUACCAGCGUCUACACACUCUGGCUGUGGUCACUGAGGUCACACUGGCUUCAACACUUAAACAAAGUUCAAGAGCUGUCAUGUGGAAAGCCAAUCUGUCACAGGGUGUCAGGUGGCUGCUGCUGUGUUUAGAAACUAAUUUGCAGCCUUUUCUUCUCUGUCAUCUAGCUCCUCCUCUUUCUGUUUAUUACUAUCCAGGGAAUCCUAACAGAUUUUAAACAAACCUCUUUUUAUUCAUUGUUGUCUCUGUCUGCUACCCUGUGAGACUGCUUUUUGUCUCUAAAAAGAAAGCCAGUGUCAGCCAGCUGCACAGAAUAUGUGAUGGACAGCCACAGAACAUUUAUUCUUUAUAUAUCCAAUCACCAUGAAUGGGUGGAGUUACUCCAAUAUAUUACUAGGGUCAGAGUGAAGCCUCUCAUAGUUUUGAGAAUUGGAGCCAGCAUGGAUUUUACUUUGUGGUGCUGCGAAUCAGAAGAUGAAGAGCAAAAUAUCAGAAGAGUUUCUCAGGAUUCAGCAUUGACUGAGCCACGCAUCCUGGAAAGUCUUCUCAACUUAGAGACACGCUAUCUGCCUUCUGCAUCCUACUUCAGUAGCUUGCAGAGUGACAUCAGACCAGGCAUGAGAACAAUGCUUGCCAACUGGCUACUUCAGGUAUCUGAGGAGCUGGGCUGCUCAGAUGACAUCUUCUGCUUAUCUCUGAACCUUCUUGAUCGUUACCUUUCCUUGGUCCCAUUGGAACGCUCUCAGUUUCAGUUACUAGGUGCCGCCUGCCUCUUUAUUGCAUGCAAAGUGCGUCACAGUGACACUCUGUCUGCAUAUAGCCUCUGCUUCUACUCGGACUUUGCCUUCACAGCCAGUGAGCUGCAGGAAAUGGAGCGGAUUGUACUGAAUGCUUUGCGUUGGGAUGUUGCUGGUAUCACACCUCAAGACUUCCUGCCUCACUUCCUGGAGGUUGCUGGCCUUAGAGAAAGUAAAAAGGGAAAUGAUAAGAACAGUGUGAAAAGAAUACUGUGCAGCCAUGCCAAAACUCUGGUGAUUCUUUGUGUAACCGAGACUGCCUUUCUGGCUUUUCCUCCAUCACUGGUUGCAGCUGCCAGCCUAAUAUCUGCACUCAAAGGAAUGAUGCCAGCGAUCAUCCAGUCAGUAACAGGUCUGGCUCACCGUAUUGCCAAAGCUGGCUCUGCUGACCUUGAUGUAAUACUCUUGUGUGUUGAGCAGCUGGAAUGUGCUCUCACAGCCCGGAUAGAGGAUGGGAAGAGAAAUGAAAGGAAAAAUAAGAAGAACAUAGAAGAGUUGGAGAGAUCUGCAACACCAACUGACCUUCAAGAUGUGGACCUUUAAGAUACUGUAAAUAUAAUCAGACUAACAUAUCCCAAUUACUUUUUUGUGUUAAAAGACAGAUUAACAGAAGU